AUGGAGACGACAUCUCUAGAAAUAACGGUGACGUCCGCAAAAGGGCUUGAGAAAGUCUCGAAGAUGGAUGUUUUCGUGACCGUGAAGUUAUCCGGCGAUCCCAAAUUCUCCGACCACCGUGAGCAGCGGACACAAGUGGCAGGAGACGGUGGAACAAGCCCCAAAUGGAUCAAUGACGUCAUGAAAUUCACCAUCGACCAACCCUUAGCUCAGGCUAACCGGCUCGUGAUCACGUUCAAGAUCAAGUGCGAGCUACGUGGAGGAGGAGAUAAAGACAUCGGCGAGGUUCACGUUCCGGUGAAAGAGCUUCUGGAUCAUCUCGGAAACGACAAGGCCGGUCAAAGAUACGUCACGUAUAAAAUCACGAAGCCCAACGGAAAACCAAGAGGCGAUAUCAGUUUCACUUAUUCCUUCGCCGCUCCAGUGGUGGCUACGACCGGUGACGGCUGCUCACGGUACCUAGCUCACCAGCCGGUGCGUCCUCCCGCGGCGACGUACCGGCCUGUUAGUGUUUUGAACCGACCUGUUUUGAACGGACCCGUGUUGAGUCAGCUGCUUCCAAGCGUCGGAUCGUUUAGUUACAACCACGUUUCUUCUCAGCCACCGAUUCAUCCACCAAUAUCUCAGCCGGAGAUUCUGCCGCCGGUAUGCUUCCCCGGUUUGUACCCGCCUCGUGGCUAUCCAGUGAGCCAGAUACCUGAAAUUUUACCGACGAUGUAUCCACCUACAUUCCCUGGCUUCUCAUGUCCGCCCGAAGGCUAUCCUACGAUAGCUCCGCCGCAGACUCCACCGGUACUAUAUCCAUGUCCGCCCGAAGGCUAUCCUACGGUAGCUCCGCCGCAGACUCCACCGGUACUAUAUCCACCGAUGAGUCCUUACAGAUUUUAA